CCCAGGCCACACCGUCCACCAACAGCAUGCAACACCAACACCGCCAUCGUGCCCUGCCUCGUGACGCCUUACGCCUCCAACGCUGCCGCCGUACACGUAUCCGUGGCCCCCAAAGUGGUGCAACAGCCGUUGUUGGAGCACCCCUGCGACGUGGCCUACGUGCCAUCCCACGCCCACGGGUACACCAUCAGCCAGCAGAAGCUCUUCCACCCCAAGACAAUCGUCACUAAGCACGACCCCUUUUUUGGCACGUACCACCAGGCCGAAGUACACCACGCUCCAGUGGUGACGGGAGCUCCUAGUUCCGUGCACCACAGCCGAGAUGGACGCUUCAUGCAGCACACAUUUGGAACCGUCUGUUUACUAGGCACUUUACUCCUGAAGCCGCCCUUUGUAAACCGUACCCACCCGUAUUUGAAGCAGAAUAAAUGGAACUCUAAUGCGUUGCAGGUACCUCUCUGAA